UAUCACUGGCAUCUUUUAAGCCCAGGGACACAGACAGUGCAAAACAUUAGUCCAAAGUUUUAACAUAAAAGCCCCUUUGACGUAGUGGUCUUUGGUGAUUAAAAAGUAAAUGAAAGGCGUUGAGUCUGUGACUAUUUUUCUUUGCAGUCAGUGAAAGAUUAGGGCUGAAAAUGAACAACUUGGCGAAAGUAUUGCUCCUCCUCUUGAUAUAUGCCACCAUAAAUGUCCAGGAGGCCAGGAUCCAGGGAAAAGAAGAUGCCUCUGUUCGUAGAAGACCAAGUACAGCCAUCACCAAAUUUUGCCUUUUCAAGGGGCAGUUAUCGAACACAGAGACCUGCUGCAUCACACCUAACCGGCCAGAGAGCCUGGACACCUGCGGCUUCAACACUUCACAUCCUUUGGUGAUGAUCAUCCAUGGGUGGACGGUUGAUGGAGCCUUUGAAAGCUGGAUCUGGAAGUUGUCAGCGGCACUCAAAAUAAGACUGAAGGACGUUAAUGUGAUUGUAGUUGAUUGGCUGACUCUGGCACAUCGACAUUAUCCAGUCGCAGUGAAGAAUACACGAAUAGUUGGCCAGGAGAUUGCAGAUUUAUUGGACUGGCUGGAGGAAUACUUUAGGAUUUCAAAAGCAAAGGUUCAUCUGAUUGGAUACAGUCUUGGGGCUCAUGUUUCAGGAUUUGCUGGAAGUUAUAUCACUGGACCAACCAAACUUGGGAGAAUUACAGGUCUUGAUCCUGCUGGACCCUUGUUUGAAGGCAUGUCAUCAACGGAACGUUUAUCUCCUGAUGAUGCAAGCUUUGUAGAUGCACUUCACACCUUCACGCAAGAGCACAUGGGCCUGAGUGUUGGAAUCAAUCAACCCGUGGCCCACUACGAUUUCUAUCCAAAUGGUGGCACUUUCCAACCUGGCUGUCAUAUCCAACACGUCUACAAUCACAUCGCACAGUAUGGAAUUCUAGGUAUUACAGAAACUGUGAAGUGUGCACAUGAGAGAUCAGUACACUUGUUCAUUGAUUCUUUGCUAAAUGAAGACAAGCAAAGUGUUGCAUAUUGGUGCAAUGACCUGAGCACAUUUAACAAAGGAGUCUGUCUGAGCUGCAGGAAGAAUCGAUGCAAUACACUGGGCUACAAUAUUAAAAAGGUCCGGACACAAAGGAGCAAAAAAAUGUUUCUGAAAACCCGUGCUAACAUGCCAUAUAAAGUCUAUCAUUACCAAUUCAAGAUUCGCUUCAUCAACCAGACAGAGCACUAUAAGCUGGAACCAUCGCUGAAGGUGUCCUUAUUUGGAACAGAGGGUGAUGCUGAAAAUCUACCAAUACAGUUAGUGGAGAGCAUCACUACCAACAAAACCUACUCUUUUCUGAUUCAUACUGACGUUAACAUUGGCGAUUUAAUGAUGCUGAAGUUCAAAUGGGAAAACUCUGUUGCCUGGACAAACCUCUGGAGGGCUGUUCAAACAUAUUUUCCAUGGAGACAGAACAACUUUAACCCAGAGCUUACUGUCAGAAAAAUCAGAGUUAAAGCUGGAGAAACACAACAUAAAGUAAUCUUCUGUUCACUUAACACCAUCAACAUGCAUCUUCAACCAGCCCAAGAUAAAACGUUUGUUAGAUGUGGAGGUAAUGCAAGACGGCGCCAUAGAAGACCGAAGUAAAUACAGACCAAAUCAAGGGAAACGAAUCCAAGAUUGACAGUGCACAGAAUUCAUUCAAAACUCAGAAGCAUGUUCUGGCUAACAACAAUACACUUUCAUCACCAAAAGGAAGUGCAAAUAUAUUAACGACAACUACAAUAAAGGAAUUUAACCAAA